GUGGAGUUUCUAUGUGAAAGGGGGCGGACGUCAACAGAGGUCAGAGGUCAUCAUCACUACACUACGCUGCCUGUUUCGGACGCCCACAAGUAGCCAAGACUCUGCUGCGUCACGGAGCCAACCCCGACCUGAGAGACGAGGACGGGAAGACUCCUCUGGACAAGGCCCGGGAGAGAGGACACAGUGAGGUGGUGGCUAUCCUGCAGUCCCCAGGUGAGGACUGAGGACACAGCAGCU